UUCUACGGAAUUCUGCAUAAGCAUUUAUUUCCUACGCCGAACCCCCGGGUCUAGAUUGCAAACAUCCAAGGAUACAUAGAUUAUAUAUCCGAAAACAUGGAAUACAAACGUAAAAUGCGUAGAAAAUUGUCGUCGGAAUCGGAUGAAGACACUUCUUCCUCGGAGCCGACAAAUAAAAAGAGGAAGAAUGCCACAGUCCCAGAAGACUACAUGGACAUUGUUGAGCAGGACCCAAACAGUCUUCUGGUACCAGGCAACAACAAUACCGGUAGCAGCCGAGAGUCGUCAGGCUCACGCAGAUCCCAGGGAUCAUCUUCAUCUUUAACUCUUUUGUACGAACCAGACGUUCCAAGUGAAUUUAAUCGCUGCGGCAAAGUCAUAUCAAUACAUCUGGAGAAUUUCAUGUGCCAUGAGAGUUUCACCGUCGAGUUUGGUCCCAACACCAAUUUCCUGGUGGGCAAAAACGGGAGCGGCAAGAGUGCCACGCUCACAGCCCUGACCGUGGGUAUGGGAGGCAACGCACGCGCCACUAGCCGUGCGGCCAGCAUAACGAAGCUAAUCAAAAACGGCGAAACAUCAGCCAAAAUCGAAAUAACCUUGUGUAAUGUGGGAUUGAGCCCAUUCGAUGCGGAACAUAUGGGACCGCAUAUCACGGUGGUGCGGCACAUACGCCAAUCAUCCUCGUCGUAUGAGCUAAAGGAUGCACGCGGUAAAAUCGUCUCGAAAAAAUUAGAUGAUGUUAAGCGCUUGCUGCGGCGCUUUCGAAUUCAUGUCGAUAAUCCCAUUUUCGUGCUAAACCAGGAGGCUUCACGUGAAUUUCUAAAAAAACUGGAGCCAAAAUCAAAUUACACACUUCUGAUGAAAGCAACGCAGCUGGAUUCUUGUGUUAAUGCUCUCAACGAAUGCCUUGUCCAACGUCAAAGCCUACAUAGAGCCUUGGAGCAUCUUGAAUUGAGAAAGCAAGUAUCGGAACAACUGGUCGUGGCGGAGGAGGAAAAGUUAGCCACACUCAGGGAUAAGGAAGCGGUCAUGGUCAAGUUACAAGAGGCCAACACCAAGCUGGCUUGGCUGUCGGUGGGGCAACAAGAGGAGGAGCUUGCCAGCUGUGAGCAGUCGAUUAAACUGAUUGAAGCCAAGAAAUCCAAGCUGGAGGCAGCCACGAUCCAGAAGGACUCCACACAAGCCACACUCACGCAACAGUUGAGCACCUUCGAGGAAAAAAAAAAGCGUAACCAAGAUGUCUACCAAUCGCACGAGACAAAGAUGCGUGAAGCCAUGCGCAUAUUGCAGGAAUAUCUUUUAAAAGCCAGCAAUAUCAGGUCACAAAUGAAGAAUGCCGAAAAACGCCUUAGUGAGGAGAAGCACGAAUACGAUGCUUGUGAAAAACACAUCAGCAACUACCACGCCGACUAUGCGAGGAUUAAACAGAAGCGAGAGGAGCAUGCCGCCAGAGCGGUGGAGCUGAAGAAGCUGGUCGCCGAUAGAGAGGACCUCGUUAAACAGUUCCGAGAGGAGCAACUGGAGACAAAAGAACGGCUGAGCUCUGUGCGCGAGCAGGUGGAUGCCCGAGGAUUCGAGAGGAACAAAAUGUACCAAUCCACGCAAAAAAUUAAAUCGGAAAUUGAGACGCUUGGUCGCAACAAAAACAACAAUUUGUCCAUAUACGGGGAGCAGGCAAUUAAUGUAGUUUGUGCCCUGCGCUCCAAGUAUAGCGGCCCGAACCAGUACCGAAUGCCACGUGGUCCUCUUGGCCAAUACAUAACAGCAUCUAAUCCUAAGUACAGGGAUCUGGUCGAGAACCAGCUGUCCUCUUGCCUACGUUCCUACAUCGUAAGCUCCGACAAGGAGCGUCAAUCGUUGAGAUCCUUGCUCCAGAGGUUCUAUGGAAACAAUAUGCCCACCAUCAUUACCAGCGCAUUCACAGAUCGCGUGUACAAUGUGUCGAAAUACAAAGUUAAGGCCACUACACCUAACACCACAGUACUGAUCGAUGAAAUUAGCUGCGAUGAUCCGGUUGUAAUGAACUACCUAAUAGAUUCAAUGCGUAUCGAGACGGUGCUGGUAACCGAGUCCAAAGAGACCGCCGAAUUUCUCACAUCCGACACGGAGAACGUUCCACCCUACUUGACGCGUGUGCUGGUGCCAAACCUGGGGCUGGAGUACAUACCAUCGCCCAACUAUGCAGUCUAUUCGGUUCGUAUAUACCCGGGACGAUACAUGCAGGUGAAUGUGGACGAUCGCAUCAGGCAGCUGCAGGAUGAGCAGCGUAGUCUGCAGGAGCGGGCGGCAUCCAUUGAAGCGGACUAUAAGAUACAGAAGCAAAUUCUGGAACGCACCACUCAGGAGGUCGCCAAAAAGACAUCCGAAAUAAAUCAGUAUCUUGCCGAUGUACAAAAGGCUACCCAAGAAAUUAUUGAAAUUGAAAACACAGAGUACCGUGAUCUACCUGAAUAUGACCGCCUGAAAACCCACUUGUCCGAUUGCGGUGAGAGAAUCGAGAAAUGUAAAGAAGAACGCCGUGAGCUGCAAGUGAAACUCGAAGAAAUCGAUACACUCAAGACCGAAUAUGAAGCUAAGAAGUCCGAUGAAUUAAAGGCCCUCGAGGAGAUUACCAGACAAGUGGAGAGGCUCGAUACGGAGGCCCACGAAGUGUCAAAUCAAAUACGUAACUUGGACAGUGAAUUCUCGCAAAACAAUCGCAAUCUCCAGAAAAUGGUAGAGCUGGUGCAAAAUCAGCAAAAGGUCAGACAGGACAUUCUCAAUGAAUUGGAGAAGGCAACCAAAGCGGCCAAACUGACGGGCGAAUUUAUUAAGACCACGAAUACGGAAGAGGAACUCCUAGAUUUAAUAAGUCGAUACAAAUCAAAGAUCCGACAAGUGGAGCAACUAAAUUACGAUCCCGAAGAGGUAGAGAAGAGUUUAGGUGUCCUGAGGGAUAAGCUUGGCGAAGAUGCCAACCGUUUUAAACUAUCAGAAAAUGUUGUCAUGCAUCUGCGCCAGGCGUACCACGCCAAUUCGCUAAAUUUCCAGAGAUCUCGCCAUCAUUAUUUAACAAUGGUUCAGCACAACUUUCAGUGUGCCCUAAAACUGCGGCAUUUUGAAGUAACCUUUGAAGAUAAUUUAAAAGCGAAAACGUGGAGCAUAAAUGUCUUUCCUGCAAGUGGCAACAAAACCUCAAACACAAAAAGUCUGUCCGGUGGGGAACGCUCUUUCACGACGGUUUCGUUGCUAAAAGGUCUUUGGACCACUUCAGAUCACCCGUUCUAUUUUUUAGACGAAUAUGAUGUUUUCACUGACGAAGUCAACCGCAAAUUUAUAACUGAACUUUUAAUUAAAGAGGGUAGGGAUUGGAGAACGCGACAAUAUUGUUUUCUGACACCCCUGGAUACGGAAGUGGAAGAGAGUCCAUACAUCAGAAUACUUAAAUUGUCUUCGCCCGAUGAAGGUGAUUCCAACAGGCACUCUCUUUCUUAAUAUUUAGCCUAUAUUCGAAAAAGACGGUUGCAGGAUGACGACAAAUUAGCCUCCAACUACUAAAUCCUCAGGAAACAUACAUUUUUUAUUACUAUACUUACUUGAACACAAAGUAUAUUAUUCUUUACUUGGAACAGUGCAGAGGUGAAUGAAGUGUUUGUUGUUAGGAAUUAAAAGUUGACGGACAAAGUA